AUGGAGCUUAUGCAAUGUUUCGAGCCAGGUUGCAACCAUGAGGUUGAAUACUCGUGUCCAUGCACCUCUCCUGAUACUCUAUCUUGUGAAUUUCAUUUCGGGAAGCAUUUGAAGCUCCCUAACAGAACUCAUGCUUUCAGCUCGAUUUUUGUAGAGCCAUGCCAAGCUACCAAAGAAGAAAUUCUUAAGUUUCUUAUAAAGGCAAACUCAAAAAAUAGCAAGCUAAGAGGGAAGAUCCUAGCAUCCUUUAGCCAGCGCAUUUUUGAAUCCAAAAAUGAUAUUGAAGAACUCUUAAAAAAUUUGGAUUCUGGCUCAGCUCAAAUAACCAAUUAUUUUACAAAAAUUUCUCAAGCUCAAAAAUUAUUCAAAUUAGAGCAAGACCCAAUUUUAGGACUAUUGAGUUUACAACCUGAUGAAGCUAUUAAGAAAUUAAAAACAAUUAUCCCAAUUAAUCAAGAAUGGUCCAAAACAGCAAAGAUAUUUUGUGAUCUCAGCGGAAAAAUUGAUAAAAUGAUUGAGUGCUUUAUUGGAGAUAAAUUUGAAGCUUAUUUAGAUAAAAGACUGUCUAAUAUAGAAAACACUCUUCAAGAACACAAUAAAGUUAUUAAAUCAGUCAAUGAAGAGCAUAAAAAAAUAAUUGACUGAACGAACGCUCAGAUAGCGAACAUUAAAGACUCUAUUUCUAAACUAAUAAAUGAGAAUAGAAAAAGCGAGAGGGAUCUCAAAGACUGGAAAGAAGAAAUGAUCCCUAAAACAACAAAUGAAAUAGACCUGCUUGAUUUUCAAAUAAUUAAGACGACCCAAGACCUUAGCAAAAAUAAUGAAUCAGAAAAGGUCCAAGAGAUCCUUAAGAGCUAA